UUUAUUUUCCUCUUCUUGUUAUUUAAAAGCCCCAGUUUGAUCCUCUUCUUGUGUUUCGCUGUUUAUGUUUAUAUUCAUUACAGAACACGAUAAAAAUAAAAAAAACAUGGGAGAAUUUGACGUAAUUUGCUGAUAGCGCGUGUUCUCUCUGUAUUACAGGACAGUGCAUGUAAAUGAUGCUAUAUCUCCAUGAUUUCUUUACACACACGUCAUGAGAUCUCUCGUCCUUGUCACUGCGGCUCUAUGGCGUCAGUCUGAAGUGAUGGACUGUGCUGUUCCCGUCUCGGAGGUCGUCCCAAGAAACAUAACCAAAACACCGGAGCGGUUACGUUACCGAGCCGCGAUAAGACGCAGGAGAUGCUUGAUAAGACACUGUUAUAAACACACAGUCAGAGGAUAUCUGGGCACAGCCUGCGUUUAACGACCACAGGGAGGGAAUGAGCAACACAACUGCUCUUCUCUGACGACACUUAGUAGCGACCUGUGUGUUCAGCUGUUUGUCCCGAUGGGUGUCUCACUCUCAGUGUGGCUGUACAGCAGGGCAGACCACAGCCCUCUCUCCUCUUCAUCAGCUUUCCCCCCGCUGGCUGUCCCGACUUCCUCUCGCCUCGCUGUCACUCUCAACUCCUCUCCAGUUGCUCCGGGAGACAGUCGCUCACACUGGAGCUCAGUCCACUGCUCUCCUUACUUCCUGCUGACUGCCUGCCAACAGGAAGUGACACGUUCACCUGUUGAGCUGAGCAGCGACGGAGUGAGGGCGAAGAUGGGGGUGAAGAGUGGGCUUCAUGUCUGGGAGGUGCUGUGGAGUCCCAACCACAGAGGGAGUCAUGCCGUCAUCGGCAUUUCCAGGCAGAGCUGCCCUCUGCAGGCCUCAGGGUACAACGUGCUGAUUGGCGGAGACUCACAAUCCUGGGGCUGGGAACUCAAAGCCAAUCAGCUCUGGCAUGCAGGACAGAGUCUUGGACUUUACCCAAGGAAGAGGAAGAGGUGCCACUCUGAGGUUGUGGAACAUUUUAGGACACAGUCUUCCACGUCAUCACACAAAAAGAUGGCACAGACCCCUCUCCCCAUCCCUGAGCGCGUCCUGUUGGUGCUUGACGCCGAUGCAGGGACUCUGGGAUUUGUUGUUGAUGGCAUCUUCCUCGGCGAAGCUUUCAAAGACCUUCCUCGUGGAGUAGAGCUGUUUCCAGCAGUGAGCAGCGUGAGAGGAGGAGCCUGCAUACGACUACGAUACCUGAACGGUGCCACACGUGAUCCGCCUGCCCUGAUGGCUUUAUGUGGACUGUCAAUUUGUCGGUUUUUAGGGCAACAUAGGCAGAAUCAAAUGGACAAACUGCCUCUACCCCCUUGUCUCCAGCAAUACCUGCUUUCUAGUCAAUAAUGUGCACUUUUACACGUACAGACACAAACAAUAGGAAAUAUUUUGUCAAUCAUUGAAGAUCAAAAAUGUAUAGAUUUAUAUAUGAAAAAGUAUGCACACACAAAUUAUAACAAGACAAAUGUUUUUAUUAUUUAUCUUAUUUAUUGCAAUAUAGCAUAUU